AGUGACGGCCUGUCAUAGUUACUGCCCUUUAUAAAAAUACUUUUUACAAAAAAAUAAAUACACAUUAAUGCGUAUUAUAUGUUUAAAACAUUUAACAUGUAAACAUGUAAUCAAUCAAAAAAUGUUAUGACCCCCACACAGUGCCUCCACUGACUCCCAUGGGGUGGCGGACCCCCUGUUGAACACCUUUGCUUUACAGCAUAAAAUGUGACAGAAAUUUAAAUUAAAACAAAUCUAAAUUUGUUUUAAUUUGAAUGAAUGAGGCACAGAGUUCUGUCGGUGUUACCAGUGGACGUGAAAUGUAACAAAUCAAAACACUUCACAGCCAAGUUCCUUUAUUCCAACUUGAAACUUGACCAGUGUUUGAAACUCACACAUUCAGCGAAAAGUGCCGCGUCCCUGCGUGGUGUGACCGGAUCCUGUGGAGAGGGAAGAACAUCAAGCACCAACAUUACAGGAGUCACAUGACUCUGAAGACCAGCGACCACAAACCAGUCAGUUCGCUGCUCGUCGUUGGGAUCAAGAGGGUCAACAACGAGGCCUACAAGAAGACGUUUGAAGAAAUUGUCCGCAAUAUCGACAAAAUGGAGAACGAGUGUAUUCCCUCCGUCACCCUGUCCAAACGAGAGCUCCACUUUAAAGAUGUGAAGUUCAUGCAGCAUCAGGCGGAGGCUUUCACCAUCACGAACGACGGACAGGUGCCCUGUCAGUUUGAGUUUAUCACCAAACCCAACGAACCCACGUACUGCAAGCCCUGGCUCACGGCCAAUCCUCCAAAAGGCUUCAUCGCUCAGGGUGAGGAUUAGUUCGCGCCAAGUAUCGU